AGUAUAUACAGAAGAGACUGGACUCAAUCCUUGGAUAAAGUCUGAAACUUCCGAAUCUCCACAAAUCGAAAAGACCAAUAAUCACCUUUCACAGGACUGUAUUAUCAAAAUUUUCAAGUUUCCAGAAGAGAAAGAAGCUAAAUGUCCGAUAUGUGAUGAAGUACACACACGUUUAGGUAUAUGGGGUGACUGGAGCUGUCUAGAUAAAAAUGAUCACUAUUUUCUUAAUUGUCCUUUUCGUAUUGAUCAAAAGAAAGUUAUAAUCGCCAUACAGAGCUUACUGGAAAUUCAAGUAAGUGUACCUAACAAAACCCACCUUUAUCAGCCAGAGAGAGAUAUACGCUAUUAUCGUGGAGGAAUAAAAAGGAAUGAAGAUACCAGAAAAUAUCAUAAAUUCUUAACAGAUCGGGAAAGGCUAGUUGGUGAAGAGUUAUUACGUUGUGAUAUACAAAAAAGCAGUUUAAGUACUGCAUGGCUCGAUGAUCUGAUGAAAGAAUGGGAAGAAAUCUAUACUCAAUUUAUACAAAUGUUCUCUCCAAAUGAAAUUGGAAUCGAGAUAACAACGAAGGCAUAG